GCCUGGAGUGUGUCCACCCCCUCUCUGGGGAGGGCCCCUCUCGCCCUGGAGAACAGUGACGUGUGGGAAUUGCAUCAGCCUCAGCAUAUAAACCGAGGCACGGGGGGGCCGGGAGCACUGCGGCAGGAAUCCAGCAAGUGGCGGCCAUGCGGACCCCAGUGCUGCUGAGCUGUGUCCUGUUGCUGGCACUGCCCAGCAUGUGGGGGGCCCAGAUGCGCUUGGCCCCCCUGGAGGGCAUCCCAAGACUGGACCAGGCCCUGUUUCCAGAGCUACCAGGCCUGGCCCUGCAGCCCUCAUUGAAGAGAACAAGCGCAGAACAGGUGGAAGAGGGUCUGCUGCAAGAGGCCAAGGCGCUGGCAGAGGUGCUAGACCCGCAGGGCCGCGAACCGCGCACGUCGCGUCGCUGUGUCAGGCUGCACGAGUCCUGCCUGGGCCACCAGGUACCAUGCUGCGACCCAUGUGCAACGUGCUACUGCCGUUUCUUCAACUCCUUCUGCUACUGCCGCAAGCUGGGUGGUGCCGUGAACCCCUGCAUCCGCACCUAGCGGCCAGCGCCGG